CCCAACACUCCACACUGCACAAGUUCUUCAGAUGUACCUAACAGUUUGAAGUUACAGUCAAACUUUGAACCAGGUUAUAUAUUGCAGAGCAUAUCAGUGUGGUAUUGUAAUUUUCAGAUAAACAGAAAGGGACCAAAACAAACAAAUGGUGGUACCCCACACAAAAAACGUUUGAUUGUCAAAGACAUUGAAGGACAUACUAUACCUGAAGAAGUUUUCCAAAAGUUGCAAUCUUCACUUUCGUCAUUAACAGAGGAGAAAUUUAUCCAACUGUAUGCUGGUACUUUACUGUUGAUGCGAUAUGCUCUUCGUUAUCCCUUUGGAUUUUUAAAAAAAGACCCUUUCUGUGCUGAAUUAAAAGAACUGCGGCUAAAACCGGAAUUUAUUGAAGACGUAUGUAGUAUUGUUUUUAGUGAAAGGCAGCAAAACAUAGAAAAGAAACAAAUAUCACAGCGAUUGACAUUACCUUCGCUAGAAUCAUUUCGAUGGAGAGUGGAUGUUACUAUAUCAACCAGCGUGUUAAAUCGUGUUUUGGAACCUACAGUACUCAUGGAAAUGAAAGACAGUACUGGCAAGAUAACAACAUUCGAGGCAUCACAAACGAAAUUUCACGAACUGCGUUACAAUGUUGCCUACUUGCUAAAAGAGAUGGAAGACUUAGAGAAACGAAGUAUUUUGAAAGUUCAAGAAAAACAAUAACAAUGAGCGCGUUGUUAACACCUUGCAUAAAGUUUGAAGAUGCAACAAAUCUAGAAUAACACUUUACAUCACUUCUGCUUUCUCUCAAUUUGUCUCAAAUGUCAAUUUUUUCGCAUAUUUUGAUAGUAUUUUUUUCACUUUGGAAUUAAUAUUGUACAUAUUAACAAUUUAUAUAUAAGAAUAUAUUAGUUUUAUUUUACUGCA